AGCCACCAUGAAACAAACGGGUGCUGCUGGUGUUGUUUCGUACGGAUCAGAAAACAAUGACAGGCCAAUCAGAACGCUGUGCGGCUGAUCCCGCCCCCCUGCUGUGAUCACAUUAAGCCACAUCAUCCUGUCAAAUGAUUUAAUUCAACUUUAGUCUCAAGUGGCAGAAGAAGAAGAAGAUGAUCCUAUUUUAUUUACUCCUGGUUCUCCGAGCGGGGCGAUGCACAGACGAUCUGAUCUUUGAGACAAAGCCUGUUGGACAAAGUGUGUCUCUGACUUGUCCUCGUAACGUCUCUCUGACUGGUGGAACCUUGUUCUGGAUGAGGCUGGUUUCUGGAAACGUACCUGAGUUCUUUAGAGGAACAUUUCUUUUUAACUAAUAUGAGACCGAAAUGAUUUCUCACAUCACAACAAAACAAGGGCCGGGAACAUUUCUGCUGCACAUUCAUCAGGCAAAGCGGAGCGAUACUGGAGUUUACUAUUGUUUAGAAAUAAAAAGAUUCACUGUGACACUAAAGAAAUCAACAUUUCUGAUAAUUAAAGGACCAGAAGCCGAUGUCCCCGUAAUCACUAAAAGCGCUCCAGCAGAUCCCGUCCGUCCAGGAGACUCAGUGACUCUGCAGUGUUCCGUCCUCUCCGUCUCUGAGGAGACGGAAUGUCCAGAAGGACAGAAGGUGUUCUGGUUCAAAGCCGGCUCGGAUAGAUCUCCUCCACAUGUGAUUUAUGUCCAUGGAAACCGGGAUGGAUGUGAGCAGAGUCCUGAGGCUCCCCCUCCACACAGAUGUGUCUACAGCUUCUCUAAGAACAUCAGCUCCUCUGACGCCGGCACGUAUUACUGUGCCGCGGCCACAUGUGGACAGAUGCUACUUGGAGAAGGAACAACACUGGAAACUGAAGCCCCCCUCAUGUGGGAUUUGCAGGAGACGGUUCUGAUCGUCCUGUCAGCAGCUCUGGCUUUUUGUCUGCUUGUUGUCGUCUUCCUGAUGUUUAUUAUCAAGAGGAAAACUUGUCAAUGCUGCAACGAUGCAGUUACUCCUCAAACAGCCGGCUGUGACCCCCGAGGUCAGCAGAGAGAUCAAGACCUUCUGACUUAUUCUGCACCAACCUUCACCGCCAGGAAAACAGUCCGAGCAGAGAGAGAGAACGCUGAAGCAGCAGCAGAGACCGUCUACGCUGGUGUCAGGACUUAGUGAUACAUUAACAACAUUGUUCUAUUAUUAGACAUAAAGUCAAUUUAGUUGUUGAUUUUCUGCUUCAAAUGUGUUGUUGAUUCAUGUGAUUUUAUUCCUAUUAGUUACAGUCUUUUACUUUGAAAACCUUUGAAAACUCGUUUUAUUUUGAUGAGUUGUGAUGAUUUUUGUUGCUUCAUUGUGCAGCUUCUCUUGAUUCUUUUAUAAUGAUGUGAACCUCAGAUAGUCAGAGGUCUGAGGGAUGUUUCCAACUGGGUCUCGUCUGUAACGACGUAAACUUCUGCUGUUUGCAUCGAUGAAAGGUUUCCCUCUUCUCAAAGGGUUUCUCUUUUCUCAUAAGGGUGAAAUCAUGAUUUGAUUCAUUUGAAAAUAACUUUAGUAGCUGAUCUUGUAUAAGACAAACAUUUUGUCUGAUACCACACUGACCUCUGACUACUCUUAAGAGAUUUACAUCAUUUUCAUUCAUUCUUCUUGGAGAAAAGGCUCCCAGUUGCUUGUGGAAAAGAAACUAAUUACUGUAUAAUUAGACUAAGCAUGAAGAAAAUCAUCAAAAACAAAUAAAAACCUUGUAAAAUCCUUUAAA